AAUCGAGGUAGCUGGGCCACGUUGGCAGCGUUGCUGUAUUGGACAGUCAGACCGUCCACCUAGGGGCAUCUUCUUUAUAUUCUCUUUGUACAUUCACACGCAGAAUGAGUGUGGGCUUCAUAGGUGCGGGCCAGCUGGCCCACGCGCUGGUGAGAGGCUUCACAGCUGCAGGCGUGAUUGCCACCCACAGAAUUACAGCCAGUUCCCCAGACACAGAUCUUCCCACAGUACAGGGACUCCGGAAACUUGGUGUGAAUUUCACUACCAGCAACAAAGAAACAGUGAGCAAGAGUGAUGUACUCUUCCUGGCUGUGAAGCCCCACAUCAUUCCUUUUGUGCUUGAUGAGAUUGGACCAGACAUAGAAGAUCGUCAUCUUAUUGUGUCCUGUGCUGCAGGUGUCACCAUCAGCUCCAUAGAGAAGAAGCUGCAGCAGUAUCGCACGACUCCAAAGGUAAUGCGUUGCAUGACGAAUACCCCAGUAAUAGUGCGUGAGGGGGCCACUGUGUACGCCACAGGCACCCAUGCAGAGGUGGAGGAUGGAAAGCUUCUGGAGCAGCUGAUGGCCAGUGUAGGAUACUGCACUGAGGUGGAAGAGGACCUGAUUGAUGCUGUUACUGGCCUGAGUGGCAGUGGUCCCGCUUAUGCGUUCACAGCUGUAGAUGCUCUUGCUGAUGGUGGAGUGAAAAUGGGCCUGCCCAGGAGACUGGCUGUACGCCUCGGAGCCCAAGCCCUGCUGGGGGCAGCUCGAAUGCUGUUAGACUCAGAGCAGCACCCCGGGCAGCUCAAGGACAAUGUGUGCUCACCAGGGGGCGCCACCAUUCACGCCCUACAUGUCAUGGAGAGUGGUGGCUUCCGCAGCCUCCUGAUCAACGCUGUAGAGGCCUCCUGUGUCCGUACCAGGGAACUUCAGUUUUUGGCAGACCAAGAGAAAAUCUCCCCAGCUGCUAUAAAGAAGACAACUCUGGACAAAGUGCUGCAGCAGCCAGGAGUGACUGUGGAGGCUGUUGGAGUUAGAUCUCGUGGGAUCAGUGUCUUCAACAAUAGCAAGCCAAGGACCAAGAAUAACUGAUCCUUUUUUUUUUGUCACACUGGGAAACAGUACAUUGUAAUGCAACUUGUCACAUCACUGAGGAUGCAGUACAUCCUGUCAGCAAACCACUACUACCUGAUGAUUGUUGAAACAUAGGAAACCCUAGAGGAUUGCCAUCUAGAAAAAAAAAAAAGGAAUGAUGCCUAACAUUAGGAAAAAAAACUGUAUAAGCAAUAUUUCAUGAAAUCCCUCUCCUUUCCCAGGUGGUUGCUUCCUCAUUCAAGGUUUCAUUCCUGUCCUAUCUUGUCACUUCUGACGGUCAAUUGUUAGACUUUGAGAUAGAAUGAUAAUUUCCAUUUCUGGUGAAUAUGGCUUCAGGAAUCUUAUUUCAGUUGGUCCUUUCUGAUGGUGGUAGGCAAAGAUAGGUUUGCUAAGUUAACUAUGCAACCCACUGGUCUGCGGUGAAGUUGUUUUUCUGGAGGCGGUAGCCUGUAGUUCAACAUGUAUUUAUGCAGUCUGAAAUAAUGUUGUCAUUCAAAUAAUUUACUACUUAAACUUUUCUUUAAAAAAAUGUAAACGAGUAUAUUUUAUAUAAAGCAAUAAACAGGAUGUUUUCAAAAAUGUUAUUAAUAAAUAUUCAAAACACCAUGUGGAUGUGAUUAAUUUGUGUCAAUGCAACAAAUGUGCAG